AUGCACACGAACAAGCCUAGCGUGCGGCAUCACUCGCCAGAGCCGUCGAUUGCUGGCGUGCGGCGCUCUUCGAGCCGCGGGCGGUCCGUGGCCGACCCGCUGGCCGCUGGCGGGCACGCCACGCCGCGCGGAGUCGGGUUUCCCUUCUCGCCGGUGAAGGCCUCCUCAAAGGCGGACUCACUCAACACGCCUCGGAUUAGCGCGCUCGGCAGCCGCGUUGGGGUCGUUUCGAAGCUGGCGACAUCGCGUGCGAGGCUGACUUACAAUCGACGCUCGUGGAUCCACACCUUGCGCAUGCUCGACAUUUGCAAAGAGACGGGAUUUGCAAUCGCCGUCACACUGACACUCCUCGAGUACUUCUUCCCCUCCGCCACCGAGCUCAUCUCGGACUUCUCGGAGUCGCUGCCCAUGCAGAAUCUCGCGGGCGCAAUGUCGCUGCUGCUCGCCUUCCGCCUUCAAGCCUCGUACAAGCGCUGGUCAAAUGCGCGGCUGUACUGGGGCAAGGCGCACCAGACGCGCAUGGGCGUCUCGGCGGAGGUGUGCGCAAAAUCGCACCGGCUGCACGCUGAGGUGGGCGGCUGGUGCAUCGCGUUCGCCAUCGCCCUCUGCUGCCGGCUGCGAAGCCAGCUGCGCGGCGAGCGGCUGUGCCCUGUCCCCGUGAGCGCCCAAGUGCAGAGGAUGUACACUGAGCUCGACCUGCUAGACGGCCACAAGAUCGAGGCGAUGAUGGCGAGGGGGCAGUUCGACGGCCUCUACUCGCUGCUGAGCUCGCAUCAGCUGGCGAACCUCGCGCAGGCCAGCCACCCGCCGCUGUACGCCAUCAUGAGGCUGCGCCGUUCGGUGGACGUGGCCAUCGGCGCCACUGUGGAGUACUCGGCGGCGGGCAGCGAGGCCAGCAGAGGCGAGGUGAGCAGAGGCGAGCAGACCCUCUACCUGCACACCUCGAUGCUGUCGCACUCCCUCUUUGGCGUCACCGAGGGCUUCUGCGAGGCGAUAACCGGAUGCGAGCGCAUCGUCAACACGCCGCUGCCGCCGGGCUACGUCGGCGUCCUCCGCGUCAUCCUGCUCCUGUUCCUGGUCGAGGAGACGGCGGUGCAGAUCGAGCAGCCGUUCGGCUUCGAAUACAAUGACUUGCCCAUCGAGGUCUACUGCCUCGCGGUGCAGGCUGACGUCAUUUGCCUGCUCGAUGAGAGCCAGCGGGCCGAAGCCGACGAGCGCGCGGGCGCGGUCAGAGGGGACGCGGACGCGGUCGCCACGGCGUCGGAGCUCUCGGCCGAGAGGCGCACUUACAAAAUGGCACCUGCUUUGCAGCCGGACAAGCCUAAGCUUCCCAAACCCACCGCGGGUUUUGUACACGCCCGGAAGCUGCAGCUGUCUACGAAGCCCUUCUCUUCGCCUCCAACUCGCGAUGAGCUCGAGAAGACCCAAAAGUGGGCUCCAAACGCCAAUCUCGCGUCCACCUUCCCUCCCAACGGGAGCAUCCCUUGGGAGCGAUUCGCGACCUCUGACAAGCCUCUCGUCUUCAACUCGACCUCGUACACCGCGCGGGCCGGCACCUACUCGUUCCUUUGGGGUUGCGGCUAUGACUGCUACUCGCAUCGCACGCAGUGCUGCUACCCGGUGGCGCAAUGCCUAAUCCGCAGCGGCGCGGGCGGCGCCGAGUGGGCCUCGGUGAAGGAGGCUGGCUUCGAGGCUAUGUUUGAGAAGGUGCUCAAGACGGGCGCGAGCCCAGACACGCCUCCCUCUCUCCUCGGCCUCUGGUACAUGCGCGGCAACAUCGCGCCGCCCGAGACGUUGUUCGCGCUGCACGACGCCGAGUGGGUCAAGACGGCCGAGGGCGGCUACAUCGGACUCAAGCACCAGUCGUACAACUGGUCUGCCGACGCCACCUGCUGGGGCUGGCUUUGGUGGCGCUUCCGGCCAGCCGCCCCCUUCCGCUUCGAAUGGGUCAACGUCGCCGGUAGCCAGCAGUGGGCUUACCUCCUCCAGCCCGGGGACCGGGUGACCAACGCGCAGGAGAGCGACGCCACUCUGGCCAGCUGGGUCGAGGAGAGCAAGGCGGGCGAUUGGAUGCGCUACUCGUACGACGAUCAGGCCCAGCUGAAGGGCGCCGGCGGGUAUAUGUACGCGUGGGAGAAGAUUGCCUUCCUCGACGAUGAAGGCAAGCUCAAGCUGACGCCUGCGUACCAGUCCUUCUUGGUGGACGUCGAGCGCGCAAAGGCGCGCCGCGCCCCGUGCGGCACCGGCUGCUGCUGGAGCGGCAUGCAGGCGACCGAGGCUCUCACCGAGCUGAGCGAGGUUCAGGGGUGGCAGAUCGCUCCGCCGGCGCCGAUAGCCACCAUGGAGCGCACAAUGCCACCAUGA